CAGGGUGGGUGGUGGGGCUGGCUGGGGGCACGAAGCCCUGCAGGGCACAGGCAGCGCAGGUAGGGUGCCCAGGCAGGAGCCGCUGCAGCUGGUGAUGCCGUAGGCUGCCCUUGCUGGACUCGGGCUGCCAGCAGCAGCGGUGGCCAGGGCCCCAUGGCAGGGCGUCCCUGGUUGCGCUGUGGGGCCAGGUGUGGGUGGGAGCGGGUGCACCCCAGGGAGGAAUGUGGGCUGGGAGGGGCCAUGCACCAGCACCGGCACUCGCACCACAGCCACCACUCAGCCAGCAGCCACCACCCAGCAUGGCCGAGAAACCCCAAAUCCAGCUCUUCGUCAAGGCAAGCGAGGACGGGGAGAGCAUGGGCCACUGCCCCUUCUGCCAGCGGCUUUUCAUGGUGCUACUGCUCAAAGGGGUGCCCUUCACCCUCACCACCGUGGAUGUGAAGAGGGCACUAGACAUGCUGAAGGACUUCGCACCGGGUGCCCAGCUGCCCGUUUUGCUCUACAACGGCGAGCCCAAGACUGACACCAUCACCAUUGAGGACUUCCUGGAGGACAAGCUGGGCCCCCCCAUGUUCCCCAGCCUGGUCCCACGGUACAGGGAGUCCAGCCUGGCUGGGAAUGACAUCUUUCACAAGUUCUCCACCUUCAUCAAGAACCCAGUGCCUGCCCAGGACGAGGUGCUGCAGCGGAGCCUGCUGCGGGCCCUGCUGAAGCUGGACGAGUACCUGAGUGCCCCCCUGGAGUACGAGCUGGCCCACAACCCCCACCUCCGGGCCUCCCAGCGCCGCUUCCUUGAUGGGGACCAGCUCACGUUAGCCGACUGCAACCUGCUGCCCAAGCUCAACAUCGUUCAGGUUGUGUGCCAGCAUUACCGCUGCUUUGGGAUCCCAAAGGACCUGCGGGGCGUGUGGCGCUACCUCAACAGCGCCAGCGAAACCAAGGAGUUCAAAUACACCUGCCCCAACAGCGAGGAGAUUGUACAAGCCUAUCGCUCUGUGGUCCGGUCGCCGCAGUGAGCCGGGCACGCGCCCAGGUGGGUGCAGGGUCAGGGUCGGGCAGCAGGCCAGUGUCUGCCCCAGUCCUGCCACUACCACCAGUCCUGCCUGCACGCACUCAGGAGGGCAGAGAGCAUGAGCUGUGCCCCUCCCACUCAAAUUCCCUCAGCUGGCACCCCUGCCCAAGGUGCCGGCAGCAAUCUGCAUCACGCCAAGCCCGCAAAUGCGUUCUCAGCUCUUGUGCCACUCUCCCUGCUCAGCCAGGAACCCCUCAACCUGCCCUGCGGUCCCUCAAGCAUCAGGAUGGGUGCAAAGUCCCCACAGCCAUGGGCACCAUCUAUACUAAAGCUGGGCAAUGCUGAGGGCAAGGGAAGGAGAUGGGGAGGAAAAGCUGCCCAGAGCAGAGGGCUGUGGGGUACAGACAGGGCAGCGCACCGCAGCGGGCAUCCCUGCAGCCUCCUCUGGAGUGACCCGAGGCAGGGCUGUGCCAGGGCAGCAGGCACCGCAGGAUGCCCCCGAGGAGCUGCACCGGGUGAGGGGAACUGGCACAGCCACGGCAGAGCCCGGGGAACAGAGCCGGGGGGAUGGUGCGGGUGGUGGACACGGCCCAGCCCCUAUCACCCUGAGUGAGGGGAGCGGAGGGCACUGUCCCCCCAGAACCUCCUGUUAGGAAGCUCUCAGGAGCAGAUUUGGGAGAGGGAUGGGGGUGAAGUGGGGCAAGUCCGAGCCACAUAUCAGAGCUCCCGGAAAUCAAUAAAGGCUUUGCAAGUGAGACAAGCGUGAGUCUGGAGUGACCAGCCCCAGCAGCUCUCCACCCUCGCAGGACUUCGCACCGGCCUCCC